CCAGAGCCGAGGGUUCCAGUUUCGGCGGACCGUGCCGGAAUCAAACCGAUCGGGAUCCAAAUCGGGCAGUUGGCAAUUUGGAAGCAGGCAAAAUGAGAGCCAGAAGAAUGGAAUGCUACUCUCAGCUGCCGUUCGGCCCUUGGCUUGUUGGUGGGCAGACGCCGAUCAUGCUCGCUGGCCUGGUCUUAACUCCACUGUGCUCUACUGUUCUUGUAUGGAGCAUCGUGGAGGUGGCCUGAACGUGUGAAACCCUAAUAAAGGGCAGCUCGGGGAGCAAAAGUGCUCGAUUGAAAUGACACCUUCGGAACUCGGAUGAUCGAGCAAAUGCUCGACUGUGAGCCGUAGGCAGGCUAGCACGCACACUCUCAGGCAGACGGACGGACGGAACGACAGGUUGUAGAGCGCAGCACGGGCUGUAGAGCAGAGCUCAUCGGGACAUCUUGCGGGCGCCAUUCGGGAAGCAUUGGGCGCUUCUGAUCUGUAGAGGAGGAGGGGAGGAGAGGCAAGAGAGGAGAUCGAAAUGGGGCGGUCCGGCAGGGGCGAGAUUCACCGCUGGGUGGGGAGUCUGCUGAGGUUCGAUCGUUUGUCCUGGUGGUUGGUGGUGCUGGCGGUGCUGGCACUGCUGGGGCAGGAAAUUGUGCGUACCUCGGGCCUGGUUGUGGCAGUGUCUGCCGAAUUUGAGGGUUUCGGUGACGAGCUCGAAGAGAUUGAGGAGGAUUUGGGCGAGCCUUUUGUGGUGCCGCCUCCCGUGUUGAAGGAACCCGGCUUCCAAAACGAUCGGGGCCCGCCUUCCGAGGUGGAGGAUGACGACGAGACUGUGGACCUGAAAAGCGACGGGAUUUCCACUCCCAGUUCGCCAUCAGGGUUGGUCAAAGACAGCGAGGUGAAAAAAGUGCAGGAGUUUUGGGACGAAGAUGAGUUCGAAGGUCUGCCUGAGGAGACGGCGGAGGAGCUCAUCGUCACACCUCCUAGAGAAACUAGCCCGGCUGGAUCCAAGCAGUCCACACCUACUGCCGCUGCCGCUGCUACUAAGAAGCAGGUGGUGCCCAAAGGACCUCAGACUUACUACAUUGAGGCCGUGUCAAUUUUGUUCCUGAUCGCCUACAUAACUGUCUACUUCGUUGGGCGCAAGCGCAAUGAGAAGCUUGCACUUGCCUGGGCAGCUCAGUUCGCUUGCAAAGACGGUGUCUUUGACAAAAACUUUAGCUUGUUGGGUACAGGAGAUGGUGUAGAUUCUCCCUUGCUUAUGAAGGAGGGGCAAAAUGUGUUCAAGUUCUAUGCCAGUGGCAGGCGGUACUGCGAAGGUCUGCUGGCCACCAUGGAUUUCCAGAGUCGCCACGAUCUGAUCGCGCUUAUAUGGUAUAUGAUCAGUCCUAGGAAGGAUGAAAUGACCGUCGACGUCUUCAUGAACGAAGACUCCAUGGACUCACUCGUCUUCGCCGUGGCGCGAAGGAAGAAUGCCAAGACAAUGCACAAGGAAAGGGCGGAUUUGCUGCAAUAUGCCUCGAUCAUCAACGUGACAAAUAGGAAGUGGUUGUCGGAGGAAUUGACAGCAAUUAGUGAGUCGCGGGAGGUGGCCACUGAUCUGAUGACAGAUGCUUUGCUGGAACAGGUGUUUGGAGAAAAAGCUUUUGAAAAGUUUGCCAGCCACUUCAUCUCCAUGCACUUCACCGAUCAGAGCCCAUACGGUGCACACAGGAAGGUUCUUCAGUUCAAAUUUACCAUCCCAUCUGAAGAUCGAAUGGCAGAGAUGUCACGUCUGAUCUCCACUGUAACAUACUUUAUAGAUGCUGUGGGACGGUACAAGCUAAGCCCGCAGACACGCUUGAAAGCAGAGAAUGCUAGAGCCAAAGUAGCUCAGGAGGCGUUUAAGGAAAAUCAAGGUGCUCGUCAUGAAGCCCUACUUAGAAAGAAAGAGGAGAGGCGAAAAGCUUUAGAAGAAGCUGAGGCUGCGAAGCUGAGUCCAGAGUUUAUGCGCAAAAGAGAGGAAAAGGAGCGUGCCCGACAGUUGAAGAAGGCUAUGCCGAAAAUUAAAAUGACCCGAGCUCACUGAGGCGUCUAGGUUUUAUUCAUCUGUCACUUUUAAGGUGUUCACUCAAAUUUUGAUCAAUAAAUUGAUCAUGGGUUCAGCUACUUGAGCUUGUUUCCUACUUGAUUCUCUGCCGUUUUGUAGGAUUGUGUAACUUGACUAAACUUCCAAAAUUUUGUCUUAGGAAGUCCUCUGUUUCAGUUUCAUGCGAAGAGCAGAAGAUUGGCUAACGCGUAGUUGAUUUCGGCACAUUGCAUGAUCAUCUUUUUCCAUAUCCAGUUGAACGUUUUCAGUAGACGAAGAUGUGAGAGCUGUUUCAAGAAAGUCUACGGCCGUUCAGUCUGGUCUUGGUAAGGGGAAAAGCGUCGAGUUCUCAACGAAUCUGUGUAAACAAGUGUAUUAUAUACCAUUCUA